AUGUGGUGGGCGCAGGGCGUGUGCACGUACGUGGUGGUGCUGGCCUGGCUCAUCACGUGGGAGAAGGAGAAGAACCAGAAGCAGAAGCUCAAGGGAGAGUGUGAAGACCCAGAGCAGUCAAAAGUCAACGACUCAGCCUCGCUGUGGCAGUGCCUGGGACCCGGCUGUGUGUUUCCCACCCGGCCAGGCUCCAAGUACUGCUCGGAUGACUGUGGCAUGAAGCUGCCUAAAUCUUCACUAUUUGGUCACACAUCCAUUUCUUCUUCUUUGAAUGCCCCCACAUACCCAUUUCUUGUUGUCCCCCCUUCCAGCCGCAUCUAUGAGAUCCUGCCCAAGAGCAUCCAGCAGUGGCAGAAGAGCCCCUGCAUUGCUGAGGAGCUUGGCAAGAAAAUGCUCGAGCGCAUCCACCGUGAACAGCAGGACACCCACACUCGCCUGAAGGAGUUAGAGUGCCAUUUCAACGAACUUGAGGCCAUCAUUCUGCGUGGCAAGCAGCAGGCUGUGUGCGAAGAUGAAGAGAGCAACAAACCUGGCAGGAACAGUGUCGACCUGCAGAUCUUCUGUGUCUCCUGCGGGCAAGCCAUCAGUGUGCAUGUUGCCCUGCACCACAUGGAGCGCUGCUUUGUCAAGUAUGAGUGCAAGUCGACCUUUGGAUCCUUGUACCCCACUUGCAUUGAAGGAGCCACAAGGCUCUUCUGUGAUGUUUACAACCCACAAAGUAAGAGAUACUGUAAGCGGCUCCAGGUGCUAUGCCCUGAGCACUCAAAGGACCCCAAGGUACCUGAGGAUGAGGUGUGUGGUUGCCCACUAAUGCAAAAUGUCUUUGAGUCCACUGGUGAUUUCUGUCGCCUCCCCAAACACCUGUGCAGCCUCCAUUACUGCUGGGAGAAGCUGAGACGUGCCGAGGUGGACCUAGAGCGUGUGCGCACGCUGCACAAGCUGGAAGAGCUGAUGGAGCUGGAGCAGAAGGUGCACACAGCCAUGUUGAAUCGGGCAGGGCUGCUGGCCCUGAUGCUUCACCAGACCAUCCAGCAUGACCCACUCACCAGCGACCUGCGCUCCAAAGUGGACAACUGAGCCCUGCUCAACUGAGGUCCUGUACUUAACACCCUCUGC